AUGAAAAGUGAUGAAGCUGUUAGAUAUGAGAAAGCGUACUGCUCAUUUCAGUCACUUGCAACUUUGGAGCCUUUUGGACACAUCGACAAUUACCUCAUACUAUGCUACUGUCGUAAACUUUUCCAUGACAAGCACCCAAGUAUUUCCAGAAAACAUUUCUUCUUUCCUUAUGUUGGGGAAACAAUUCUGAGGUACAACGGCAACAACGGUGACAUUGUUCAAACAGCAUUUGAGGGCGCCAACUCUGCUUUCUGCCUAUGGAGAUCAGAUCAGAUGCAAUUCCCAAUAGUUAUAGCCAAUCAUUGGUUCUUGUUUGCUGUGUGCUUGAAGGCAAAAGUUUUUGCAUUCUGUGAUUCACUAUACGAUGAAGGAGAUCCUUUCCACAUCACCAUUAGACAACCACUGAUUCAAAACUUCAUUGCCCUGUGGAAUAUUCUUGUAACUCCUCACAUGUCCUACCAAAUUGAUUUUACUGAAUUCCAAACAAGAUAUCCACCAGUUCCAAAGCAAGACAACAGUGAUGAUUGCGGUGUGUUCACAAUGAAAUUCAUGGAUAUCCAUGAUCCAAGAACUCAAAUGCAGAACUCUUUCUCUCAAGCUGACAUCAUAAAUCUGAGGAUCAAAUUUUCAAAUCAAAUUUACUUCAGCAAGUUCAACACCUUAGACAAAACUGUUGUAUCGGAAUACUUUGGUGACUACAUCAGACUAAGAAGCAGAGCAGCAGAACACAAGGGCUAA